AUGGAUUCAAAACAAGAAAAACAAUACAUUUUCAAUAUGAAGUUGGCACGAAUUAUGGGCUUGUAUCAAAUUUUAAUUCCAAGUUCAUUUUCAAUCUUUGGUUACAACAUAUAUCACAUUAUUACUGUGUUUUUUGUAUCAUUCACGUUCGCCAUAUCGAUGUUGUUCCCAAUUGGUUUGCUAUAUUUAAGAAAUGAUAUAAUUGCGAUAAUGUACUACAUGGGAUGCAUAAGUAAUUUCCUAUUAUCCUGUUUCAAAAUGGUCAAUAUCCUCUAUCAUUCCAAGGAUAUAUGGAAAUGCAUUGACGUUACAAGCUUUAACUAUAUUUCGUACAAAAACUACGAUAGAAAUGUGUUUAAAAACUGGCAAUCACGGUCUAUACGUGUUACGUACAUAUAUAUUGUAAUAGCGUUAUUCGCUUUUUUUUGUUGGAUUUUUAGUCCAUGUAUUAUGAAUAAAUCUGUUAUUGCUAUUAGAAAUAUUGACGGUUCAUAUAGCAAAUACCGAAUGAACAUUUUCAAUUUGUAUUUAAUAGCAUCAAAUGAAACAUAUAACAGAAACUUUUACAUAUUCUAUGUUAUCGAAAUAAUAAUUAGUAUUUGCUAUGUAUAUUUUACUAUAGUGUUUGAUGUUCUUAUGCUUUUGGUAUGUUUCGCAAUAUCUUACCAAUUGGAAACAAUUAGUAAUACAAUCAAAUCACUUGGCCACGAAAUACGUACGAGGGAUAUUAUGAGGACUAGUAAUUCAAUAAAAUUAAAGGAGAAACAUGGCAUAUUAUAUAAUGAUUUAAUAACGAUAAUGACAGACCAUCAAAACGUUCUAAAAAAGUUAAAUGAUUUUUAUAACAUAUUCCGGUCAAUAACGCUAACUCAAAUAUUUAUAGCUUCAAGCUCACAUGUACUUAUUUGGUCUAUUGCUGCAAUGAGUUUUGAUGAAGGUGAUAAUGCAGAUUCAAUAUUGUCAUUUAAGCUAUUCAUCGUACUCCCUCUGAUAAAUUUCCAACUAUUUAUGACGUGUAGUUUAUUUGGAACUAUAAAUGAAAAAAAAGAUUCAAUAAUUUUUGCAUUAUAUAGCAGUAAUUGGACUAAUAUGGACUUAAAAAGUAAAAAGAUGAUUUUGUUCAAUUUGACAAUAAAUAAUGCCAACCAGUUAAAAAUGAAGUUUACAAAUACCAAAAUCGUCAACUUGGAAAUGUUUAGUCACACGAUGCGCUUUUGUUACUCAAUAUUUUCAAUGUUAAUUAAUUAUAAUAAAAAAAUAAAAUGA